AUGACGUGGUGCGCACGUCUCGAAGUCUUCGGGACGACGACGCGCACGAUGCACGCGACGACCGCAGCUUCCCGGCUUCGCGCUUCCCCCGCGCGCCUCCUCCUCCUCGGAGGCUCGCGCGCCGCUCGCCGCGCGUCGUCGCGCCGAGCCGCGACGUCGACGCCCGUCCGCGCGGCCGCGCCGUCGGUGCCGAGCGUCUACGGCAGCCCCGGGAGUCGGACGCAGAUCGUCGAGUGGCUCGCGCUCGAGCUCGACGUCCCGAUCAAGUCCGUGACGCUGAACCGAGCGGUCAUGGCGUCGCCGGAGUACAGAGCCGUGCACCCGUUCGGGAAGAUCCCGGGGUGCAAGGCGGAGGACGGCACCGGCAUCUUCGAGUCCGGGGCCAUCAUGCUGUACGUCGCCGACCUCGCGGGCUCGCUGCCGACGCCCGAGGCGCGAGGCGCCGCCGCCGCGUGGGUCAUCUGGGCGAACGCGACGAUGUGGCCCGCGCUGGAGACGAGCCGCGGGAAGUGCGACAUGCAGGGGCUGUUCGGUCCGGUGGAGGACAUCCUCGGGCGGAGCGACUGGCUGCUCGGGGACGAGCUGUCCGUCGCGGACGUCGCCGUCGGGGCGUACGUCAAAUACGGGCAGCUGUUCUUCCGGAUGGACAUCUCGAAGUUCCCGAACUUGUCCAAGUACAUGGCCGCGAUCGAGUCCAGGGACGCGUUCAAGAAGACUGUCGGCGGAGGGUGA